CGAACUGCCUUUGCUCUCACCUUCCCUCUCGUCUCGUCCGGUUGAAUCGAAACAUCAGGUGAAAGAAGCACAUGAAUCAAGCGUGUUUUAUUUUUUCUCUCCAAUGGUUAUAUAUGAAGAGUAUGCUGUGGAAUGCUGCCAUUUGGGUUCCGGGCAAACAAGCUGCCCUACUGUCACCCAGCAGCAGCGCAUGAGAGAGGCUCGAGGACGGACUCCUCCCCACCUACCCGUGACACUCUCAAGACAGCGCUGAGAAAGGAUAACAGCCUUUUUCGGCCAGUCUGCGAACAGAGCAGUGAAACAGCGUUACGUAUAAACGACUUCACUGCAGCCGGGGGUUGCCUAUGUGGCUUUCUAAAGUUCCACCUCUGAAAACGUUGACAUCUGACGGACUCGAGCUAAAGCGCGAGAUUGCUUCUUUUCGUUUCUCAUUAUUGGACUUGGACCUACCCUCUGCGCUGUUGAUUCCCAGCGAACAGUCCUGACACGAAUCCAGCUCAGCGCAUGCCAUGACCUUACAGAGACUGCUGUAUUAGAUGGUCAUUCUAAUCAACGUUUUAUACAUCUGACUGCAUGUAUUGAUAUCCUUUUUGUACAUUUGUGUGAAAAGUGUCUGCUAUAGGAGUGAUUUUUACUUAUCCUGGAGCCGUCAAAGCUGACGUCCCAUGAACACAUAAAACUGAACCCGGACACUGAACCUGAGCGAGAUGCACUACACACAAGUGACACUUGCAUUUGAUAACUUCACCUGCUACCGUCGUCAAUUAAUUUUAACCAAGUGACCAGCAAGGCGGCAUCUAUAUCGCAGGUUGCGCUAUCAAAGCCCUUCUCACGUAGUGGUGUAGGAGACAGCGGUUUUCUGUUGUAUUUAAUUGUCCUGCCUUUUUCUGUCAUCCAUAAACUGCGACAGAGGAAAGCAAAGGCACACAAAUGUAAACGAAAGAAGGCAUCUCUCCAGCUGAAGUGUACCGAGAACUGACAGAUCGUGCAGUCACCCCACAUCGAAGAGGAAUACGUGCCGAACUUUGCUGUUGUAAUGUUGAAAGUGGAGAUGGUGCUAUUUGUCUUUCUGGUGCUAUGGAUGUGUGUAUUCAGCCAGGAGCCCAGCUCCAAGGUGGUGGCCGACCGGUAUGCCGUUUUCUGGAACCGAACCAACCCCAGGUUCCAUCGUGGAGACUACCACAUUGACGUGUGUAUAAACGACUACCUGGAUGUGUUCUGUCCCCACUAUGAAGACAUGGUGCCGGAGGAGCUGAUGGAGCGCUAUGUCCUCUACAUGGUCAACUACGACGGCUACAGUACGUGUGACCACACAGCCAAGGGCUUUAAACGCUGGGAGUGUAACAGGCCUCACUCCCCCAACGGACCACUCAAGUUCUCAGAGAAGUUCCAGCUCUUCACCCCCUUCUCUCUGGGCUUCGAGUUCAGACCGGGCAGAGAGUACUACUACAUCUCCUCCACCAUCGCCGAGAAUGGACGAAGAACAUGCCUGAAACUCAAAGUCUUUGUCCGACCAUCAAACAGCUGUGUGAAAACUAUAGGUGUACAUGACCGUGUUUUUGACGUAAACGACAAAGUAGACAAUUCAUUAGAACCCCGAGAUGAUACAAGUCAUGAGUCUGCCGAACCGUCCAGGAGUGACGCCACAAGCGCAGCCUCACACUUGCGGAUAGCCAGUCCACUGCUGGCUGCACUGCUAAUAUGCUUAGCAACACUCUUCACCUUAUAGCGCCUCCCCCUGUCCUGGAGGGGAAUUACACCAUGCGCGUCCUGAAUCUACCCAAUGAUGAGG